UGGCAUUGCCUGACUCCGCCCUGCCCACAGCGCCAGCCGGCCUUGGACAGAAAGACUGAUGACUGACUGAAGGCAACAGAGAUUGGGUAGGAAUAAUCAAUGGCAGCAUGGAGGAGGAUCUGUGCUUGAGGGAAGCCUGACGCCAUCUCCAGUUUGGAGCAGGUGCUGUGGGCACUAUCCAGGAAGAGCGUUUGCAGACAGCCUGUCCUGUGUUCAGCUGCCCAGCUCUGCGCACUUGCCCACCCUGAGCAGGUCCAGUCUUUUUUCCUGGUUCCUGGUAUUUCUCCCCUCUCCCUGCUCCAGACACCUUGGAGAACACUUUAUCAGCUUAGAGCUCCAGGGCACUGAAUAGAUUGCCUGUCUGUCUGUCCACGGCCUCAACUUGCCCUCUCCCUUCUUUGAGAGGCUCCUGGGCAAAUAGGUUAGGGACCUCACGGGUCCACUAAAGGCACUGGGAUGGAAGAGCCAACCACAGAAAUGCCCCCAGAGGCUUUCCAGAGCCCUGGCACCAUGAGCAGCUUCGGGGAUGAGCUGACUCCAGAAGCCCUGAGUGUACCUAGUGGUUUUGAUGACUUGAUCACAUCCACUACUUCCCAACUACUUCAGGCUGUGUCCAAUGUCGCAUCUGGUGUACUGUCCAAGAUGCCAGGCCACAUGGAAAACUCGGGAGACCUGGCCGACACAUCAGGUCCCCUAGAUGUGGAAAUUGUAUCCGAGGAUGAUCAGGUGCAGUUCUGGUUAGUGGUAGGGUACACCAUAGUGGUCUUUGCCUCCAUCAUUGGCAACUGGGUCUUAAACCACAUAAUUAUGAAGUACCAGAAGGUCCAUACUGCCACCGGCCUCCUCGUUGUCAACAUUUCUGUGACCAACAUGAUGCUCGCUCUUCUCAGCUCUCCCUUCACUAUGGUGCGCUAUCUGUGUCAUUCCCUGGUGUUUGGAAAGAUGACCUGUCACCUCAGUCGCUUUGCCCAGUACUCAUGUGCCUAUGUAACUGUGAUGAGUAUGGCAGCUAUUUCCCUGGAUCGACAUCGGGUGAUGCUAUAUCCUUUGAAGGCCCGGAUUAGUCCCAUGCAGGGCAAUGUCUGCAUCAUUGUCAUCUGGAUUGUGAGCACCUGUGCUGCACUGCCACAUGCUGUUUACCAGAAGCUUUACCAGGUGGAAAUUGGAAACACAACUGAGGAAAGUGCCUGCCUCCCCAGUUUCCCAUAUACUUCAAAAUCCACAUGGAAGUACCUUGACCUAGGCACCUUUCUCGUCUUCUUUAUGUUGCCUUUGCUGGUCUUGGUGGGGGUCUAUGCUCAUGUGGCCAAAAAGCUGUGGAUCCAUGAUGCUGUUGAUGACAUCAACAUCCACACUUACAUCUGCCAGCGUGGGAAGAAGAAGCAGACCCUAAAGAUGAUGAUGCUAGUGGUGUUUCUCUAUGCAGCCAGUUGGCUCCCCCUUAAUGUGUACCUGGUGCUGCUGUCCAGUGAAACCAUCUCAAGCCACAAUGGUCUCUACUUUUUCCUCCACUGGCUAGCAGUUAGCAGCUCCUGCUACAACCCCUACAUCUAUUGCUGGCUCAGUGAUAGCUUCCGUAUUGAAGUGCAGAAGGUCAUCAUGGAAAUCCAGAAGAAGCUGCUAGAUAAAAUCAGCCGCCUUAGGGGAGAGCAUCGCCGACUGAGCUCUGCAUCUCAUACCCAUCCCCCUGCCCCUGAAGAUGCCAAUCCAGGAGUGCCCAAAUUCCCACGAUUCAAAGAUUUUGAUGAGCUGCCCAGUCCCCCUCCUUCCCCAGCAGUGGAAAUCUCUUUUCUCCACGCAGUGCCUCGAGUUUAAGCUGCCCAGACCGCGACUGACUAUCAAAAUAUCUGAGCUUAUGGACAAUUUCAACUCAGCAGAAGAGAGGAGGAGGAAGAAGUGAUACCUCAUCCUGUCACUGCCAUUCUUCUAGGGACAAUGUUAUUAAGGUCCUCUGGACAACAUCCAUGGGUUGCAAGUGUCAAGAUGAUACCAGGAUGAGAACCGGAUUUGUGCUCCUCCUCAUUUUCCUCUCUUCUUCUUUGCCUCCUCCUCAGUAUUCUUGUUCUCCCUCUGGUCUCUCCCCAUCUCCUUCCGAGCCUUUGUCCGUUUCCUCUCCCUUGCUCCUGUUCCAUCUUCUACUCAGCCUUUUCCUCUUUCACUUCAGCCUCUACUUCCAUUUACUUUCUCCACUACUACCUUUCUUCUUGUUUUAAAAAUCUCUUUAACAAUAACAAGUUAUCUGUCUGAGAUAUCUCCUGGUUGGUAAGGUAGGUACAGGUUUUUAGGAUCAAAAACUGAGGUAAUGAUUCAGUUUCCAACUAUUCAGCUUUCACAUAGUGAAAGGAUGUGGUGGUAUUUGGGGUUCUGAACUUCAAGUGUUUCUGGGAAAUGACCAUACUUGCCAUAGUAGUGUGUCCCUUUUAAGAUUGAGGAUAAAUUGGGAGAAAGACCUAAUUGAAGUUUAAACUCAGUUUCAUUCCAUUGUCUCUUUCUGCUUCCUUUUUAUCCUUAUAAUUUAAUCCAUUGUUCCUGACCUAUCAUUAAUACCCCAAUUGUAAAAACAAUGAACUUGUAUUACUGAAGUACAGGUAUACAUAUUUGGAGUAGCUUUAGGGUGAAACAUGACCUUAUCUUCUAUUAUGACCAAUAUAAACUGCCAACCUACCUGUGAUCUUUCGGCUUCAGCUAUUUUGGUGAUUAGUAGUCUUUGUGAGUAGUGAGCUCUGCUUGUGUAUUUUCCAACAUGUAAAUACUUCUGAUUAUCUUAAGGACAGAUAUAUGUAUUUCCUUUUUAUUCAUAUUUGAUAGAAUAGAUAUUUCCCAGGAUAAUCGACUGAUGGCAAGCAAAGUCAAAUUUUGCUUGAGUACACUGUGAAUCUUAGAAGGAUUUUACCUGGCUCUGGUAGCCACCUUCUCCUGUUCAGAUUCAGGAGAAAUUUGGGUAAAGGGCUAUUAUUGUAAUUUAAAUGAACCUUGUGUUUUGUGCUUUAACUUAAUGUUCUAUCCUUCCUAAGAAAGUCCUUCCCCAUCUCUGUUCUAUUCUGUACAUAGAAUCACACUUCUUUCACUCCCCAGUAAGGCUUGGAAACUGGAAUGCUCCAGGUAAUUCAGCUUCAAGGUUUGCUGCUGAUUUGGCUGGAAACUCGACAGACUCAGAACUUUAAACAACAGCGUUGGUAGUGUAUGGAUGUUUGAAGAAUUGAGCAGACGAAUAGUUUCAACUUCACAUGAGCCUUUGUUUAGAUGUUUGUCCACAGCACCUAAUCUGAAUUCGGCACCCAGCCAAGUCUGAGGGUGCUACAAUUGUAAGAAGUUUCUGGCUGGAGGGCUCAUUUGGUUGGAACAUUGUGCUAAAGAGCUCUAGAUCCUAGGUUCUAACCCAUGUGCAGCCAUUUAGCUCUGUGAGUUCGGGCAUGGUGCUAAAGAACUGUGGUCACAGGGUUUCUAAACCCCAUGUGUGUCUUUUUUACAUAGGCUGCACCAUUUACACUAGCCAAUCUUUUUCUGAACAAAGGUUAUCUGGAAGCUACCAGGAAGGCAGCAGCCAAACUGUUGUGUAAAUAGUAUUUCAAAAUCUGUUUUCACUUCUGGAGACAACAGUUCCUAUCCUUUACUGGCUGUGUGUUAACCAUGUCACGUUACUCGAAAGACAGCACUUUUGAAAUGUACAAAUGAACAGAGAGUGUACCAGAAGUGGCAGACAAGAGAAACUGCUAGAUUCUCCCCUUUGACAAAUUCAAAGGCAUGCAUUACAUGUUUUAAAUGCCAAGAAACUGUAUCUUGGUACAAAUUAGGAUAUUUGCUGACAUGCUUCAAUGAGCAUAAGCUCUACAAGUAGCCUGUCUGAUAGUCAACCUUAACAGGACAGUUGGGAGCGGGGGAAUUCCUCUAUUGGCAUAGAUAUCUGGGAUGCUGGUAAUCAUGUUUUGGCCACUGUAUAUGUGGACAUGCACAUUAUUCCUCAUGUGUUUUUAUCUGACAGUCUCGUUCACUGUAAAUUCCCGUGUAUCUUCUAAGUUAAGGUGUCUUUCCCCAGUAUCACACAAGGUUCUACAAAUGCAUAUACAUAUACUAGUAUAAAUAGAUAACUACAUACACAUACACCAACACAGUAUAGUAUAUUAGAUCACAUAAGGUGUCGCAACUUUCUUGUUUAUAAAGACUCUCAACAUCUCUAGACUCUGAGGCAAAGAUUCACAGAUGGAAACACUGAUGUCAUCUGGUAUACAUUAGGAAAGAAAGAAAAUAUACCUGGCAUAAACAAUAUGAGAGUAAAAAUGAUGUUGUUUAUUCUAAUACUUCUUAUUCACAGACUUCUAUGUGUCUAUUUCAAACUUACUUACCUUAUAUUAGUAAUAGUAAUAUCAUGUAUGUGAUUAUGACCUUGUAUUAUAAUUCUCAAAAUAAGAUCUUAUGAUAGUUAUCAAUAAGUGUUCAUUUUCAAGAUUUUACGCCGUAUUGAAAAAACUAAAAACUUCUGGGGUAUUCUAUAAAGUUUCAACAUUUUAGAGGCAGCUCAAUACUAAAGGAAAGAAGAGCCUUAUCUGGCUGCUCACGGUGCACAUGGAUGAAACGGUGUAGAUUAGCCCGGCGAAAUUUGCCUGACAUAAUAUAUUCAGGCCCGAGUAAAAGUGUCUGUGCUCAGAUUUAUGGAAAUAGAUUUAUGUUAAUUGGAUUGUUGAAAUGUAGCAUCUGGAAUGAAUUCCCUGCUCUUUUGUGAUGAGACCUCCUGGAAAUAAAGUUUGCCAGUUUAUUUUUAUAGAGAGAUCUUAGAAGGCAACAGGUAGAGAGAUACUGUGCCUCAUGGCUUUUUAUUUAAUAGGAUUUGGUAAGUAGCAAGUCUGACUACUGUACCUGUAAUUUUAGAUUGGGCUGUAAAUGCUUUUGUACCUGCAACGUAACUCAAAGGAAAGUCUGUUGGAGAAAUACCCCAGAAUAAAAAUAUUUAAAUAAAAAAAUAGAAUAAAAAAAAGCAUCUUUAAAUUUAGAGUCUAUAUAGUAGUUAGUGAAAUUUUAUCCAUUCCCUGCCUGUGCGGUUCUCCUCCCCGUGGAAUGGAACUGAACUUGCUGAUACCCUAAUGCUUUCAGCUUUUCAGCUUUCCUCACAAGCUCUGUGGAAGUAUGGAAUAUAUCCUAGGCACGUGUACAUAGGCACAUCAAACACUUGCUGCUUGAUUCAAACCUACCAGUGAUAUGGACUGUGUGGAACUGAAGCCUUCUGGGAGAAAGACUGACACUGUCUUAUUCUACUCGAAUGAAUGAGGAAUAAAGCUCCCUGAAGUGAUAUUGAUGAAUUACCCCUUCACAAAGGGAAAGAAAGAAAUCUUACCAUUUUACAACAGGAGAAUGAACAUUAUUCCUACCAAUAUGCUUGUUACUUGUUUACCUGUAACUGUUGCUUUAAAUAUUAUCUACUAUUGUUGUUAUUUCUCUCUACUCUAAUUUAAUGUGUGACUAUGUAUUCUAUAUCAAAGAGAGGAGGGGCCAAAGGGAAAGGGGAUAGUGUGGUUACAGGGGUAUGGAAAUAGUAGUAGAUUAGUACAUAUAUAUUUACAUAAAUAUAUUAAAUAAAGCUAUUCAUUCAAAGCA